AUGACCAGUAUUGUUCACAAACCACUGGCGAUGUUUCGCCGAGACCCUUCGCCCAAGCCUCUUCAUGCUCGAUGGGGGGACGUCGCCAUCUCGGCGCCCACCCAGGGCUCCUGGAAUCAAUACGAUAACCCUAUCCGUCGCCCAUCUGGGAGGCAACGAUAUGGACCGGGCUAUAUUCCGGACUUUCGACCAUCUCGAGGCCUCAAGACUUCGUCGCACGAUUCCUCAAACCAGUCAGACUCCAAAGAAAAAUUCAAGAGUACCCUUCCUGCGGGUCCUGCUCCUGUUGCUGCUGUCUCUGGUCAACCCAGGACAGCCCCGGCAACAUCGAUGUCCCGUAAAGGUUCCCUUCGCCUGGGAGCUCUCCAUCCUCACAGACUCUCCGUCCGCUUGGCAUCGCGCCCCAAGCAGCUACAGGGCGAGUCCUCUCACGAACGGGAGAUCUUUUCCCGCGAGGUGUCUCCCCAAGAGGGAGUAGAGUCUACUUACUCUCCUAGCGACAACAAGCAAUCCUCCAGCUUCGCUUACAGGCCCAUUCGGCCAGAAUAUUCUGUCGAUGCUACCGCAAAAAAGGCCGACAACCCUCGCUAUCGAUACAUCCCUGCUAAAAACGGCUAUGCAGAUGUCGCUCCCAGCCAACGCAGCCCACGCAGUCUCUCAACCAGUCCAUUCCGGGGCUCUUCUAAGUCCCAACGUGACUUAUCCACGGGGCCUUUGGAAACAGCACCACGCAUCCGUGAUCCGCUGCGAAUGAACCCACCAUCCCCUCAGCGCAUGACCCCUGGUCUAUCGCCAAACCGGAGGAAGGCACUACCCUUCGACUACCCGAAACGGGCGUCUGUACUGAAACCCAUGACCUCAGAAGACAUGGUGCCCGACUCCGACGAUCUCUACUGA